CAAUUCAACGUGGUAAUGCUGCUUCAGUAAUGGGGACCGUCGAGAAUGUUGUUUCGUUUAACCGUAAUUAGAUCUUGAUAUUGUUAUCACGCUGUAAUAAAGUACAUCGAGAUCUUCGAAAAAAAAUCAGAAUUAACAGAUAUAAUAUUCGGUCCACUCUCUAGCUGGAGCUUUAGAGAAAGGCUACCAAGCACAGCACGUUCUUGUGCCCCCCACCGGGCGCCAGUUUAGAUGGAUAACUUUGUGUCACCGAGAGAACUGCUUGUCCAUCUAAACUGGCGAGCAACAGCGAACUAGUUUUUUUGCUUCUUCCUUCCAAGUGCUGAUUGCUGAUUAUUAUUUACUGUUCAGAAGUUUUUCUCCAUCAUUAAGAAUAUUUUGUCAUCAGAGAUUAUCCACAGCAGCUCUUCAUGAUGAGCAACGUUUCACAGGACCAGGACUGCGAUAAUGCGAGUGACGUGUUGACGACGAGCUCGGAGGAUCUGCUCAGUGGCGCCACGGCGUUCCAGCAUGUCCGCACGCGCCCGGCCAUGCGGGCGCCGGCGCACGCUCCCCCGAUGGCCGUCCAGACGCGCCCCUCCCGCCCCGCCACCCGAGCGCCCCAGCAAACCCAUCGGCCGCGCGAACGCAGCAACUCCGUGACGCACGACGGGAUGCUGCUGGAUACUGCGCCACAGCAGGGGUUGUUCGUCGACUCGUCGCUUCGCAAGCUGUUCCAGAGCAUGACGCUGGCCAACAAGGCGAAAUUGACGUCUCCCACAUGGAAUAAUUUCAAGGGACUCAGCUCAGCUCAAAAGAUCCGCCUGAGUAACGUCAUUCGGCGGGCCUGGCACAUGGACUUUAUCGAGCCUGUGCGGCCGGUGAACGCAUCGAACGAAGUGGACAACUCGGUGCAGCUGGUGGCGGGCAAGUACUGGAAGCGUCGGCUGUCCAUCGUCUCCGAGUACCGCCGCUGGCGGCUGUGGUACAAGGACCGCAUCUCCGGCGUCCGCACCCGCAGCGACAGCAUGGCCGCCAGUGCGGUGAGCGAUCCGCACAGCGGGAGCAUGGUGAUGCAGCCGUGUUUCGAGGAGUCCAUCGUGCUGGACGACGUCCCCCUGCCGGACUUGACCGACGCCCUGCUGCCCCGCCUCGGUCCGCAACACUCCGCCUUCCCCGAUCCCCGCGAAAUCGACCAUGCCGGGUGCGCGGAAAUUAUCCCAGCGGGACUACUGCCGCUGCUGUCGUUGUUGGAUGACAUUAAGGCCACACUGGAGAUGUGCACCGAGUAUUUUACGCGGAAAAAUGAGGCUUCGUCCGGCUGCAGCUCCACGGGACAGGUCGGGAUGGACAGUUCGCAGGAGUUCAUAUCUCUGGAUUAUUCCGGCGACUCCGAUGCUUACCGGAAGCAUUCGCUGGCGCUGCCCCUCAGCUCCCCGGCUUUUGAUCGGUCCACCACCAACAGCUACCGCACUCAGUCCGCGGCCGGUGCCUCCAGCGUCUACAUGUCUGACUCGCCGCCAUACGCCCCGCCGCCCCCGACGACGACGCAGCACAGCGGCGACACUCUGGACGCCAUGCUGUCCCCAGACACCUUCCGCCCAGUCCAGCUGUACCAGCCGAGCGAUCUGUCGGAGUUGGCGCUGCGUGGGGAGGACAUCCAGCACAGCUCGACAUUGAGCCCGACGCCCGGCGGGGACCCGUUGAUCCAGCCGAAUGUUCUGGCGGCGGCGCCGGACACCUUCGGCCGGUCCAUCUCGGCCAGCAGCGGCAGUGUGGUGCAGCCGGGCUGCGCGGCGCCGACGGGCAUGCAGACCAGAAGUACCAGUGCGCAGCCGAUCAGUAAAGAUUGCGGCAAGAAAGCCGCAGCCGAGACCGCAGCUAUGGGGAAUGUCCGGAGCACAUCUGGCGAGGUUAACUCGCCUGUACGGACGCCUUUAUCCGUUACGCUCCCGUCGAGCAACGAGGGAUUAACGCUGGCUCCUCUGCCGACAAGUGGCCCGGUGCUCCCCGACGGCGUCGUUCAGCCGCCCUUGGGAUUGCCCACCAAGACGAAGCUGCCCCCCAAAUCCCCCGCAAGCGAGCUCAAUAUCCGGACCGGUGCGCCGACGCUGACCAGUGUGGUGCUGCCGGCGGAGAUUGUCCGUGAGCCGCUGUUCGUGCCCCCUUCUGCCAACACCCACGACCCUGCAGCACGCUCCUCCGAACAAUCCGCCUCGCCGGCCAGUCCGGCUACAUCACCGACGCCCAGCACCGGGAAACUUAUGGAAGGCAGCCUUCAUGAUUUGGAGUGGCCGCCUGCCAUCGAUUUGGAGUGGCCGCAUCCGGACAUGGCCGUCGGCUGCGGACUGACGAAUCCGAGCAAAACGACGUGCUUUAUCAAUGCCACACUGCAAUGUCUUGCGCAUACAGCGCCAUUGUAUAAUUACUUUGUGAAGAACAAUCAUCACUGUCAUAUCAAAGGCUCGGGCUUUUGUCUCACGUGCAAGCUUCAAGAGUUGCUACUGUCCGUGUUGCGCGCCUCCCCGAUGGAUGCGCUGGAACCUAAAGUGAUCAUUGAGAAUCUUUCUCUGUUUGCGGAAGAGCAUUCCGAUGGCCGACAGCAUGACGCACACCAAUUUCUUCACUUUGUGAUGAAUGCCAUGGUGCUUGCAGCGUCGGGACACCAAGAUCCGGACACCGUGGAUGGUGUCGAAACAACCAUGCCGGGUUGGAUAUUCCACGGUGUAUCUCAGUCCAGCGUCCAUUGCAAGGGGUGUAAGCACACCUUCGAUACGUUGGAGCUCUUCUGGGACAUUCAGCUUGCGAUUGGGGAGACGGUCAAUCACCUGGAGGACGCGCUGCACAUCCACACCCAGCGCGAGGAGUUGACAUCGCCGGACAACCUCUACUAUUGCGAACUGUGUGGAAAGUUGACUCGCUCAACCAAGCAGCUCACGAUACAGGUACCACCCAACAUCCUGACGGUGCUGUUCAAGCGAUAUCUGGAUACCGGGAUGUCGUUAUCCAAGGUUGAUAAGGCUGUCGCGUUCCCAGAGCGGCUCAAUUUGCGCCCGUUUAUGAGUGACCCCAAUGAUGCUUCCGACGUCAUAUAUCAGCUGUAUGCGGUGCUCGUGCAUCGCGGUGCAUCUUUGGAUUCCGGUCACUACUUUUCCUAUGUUACCAUCGACGGAAAAUCAUGGUUCUGCUGCAAUGAUGCAGAGGUGUCGCCGGCGGAUAAGCGAACGGUUUUGAAGCAGAAGGCUUAUAUGCUGUUUUACGUCAGAACUCCCUGUGAUCCGGAGAACAGCCACAUCCCAAUGAGUACGCCAGUGCGGCCACCCGAUGGGGCACAACUGGUCAGCGGGCAGUCACCCAGUGGACCGCACUUGGAGUCCCCUGCCAGCGACAGUGAACUGCCGCAAACAGUGCACAGUCCGCCGCUGGCGCAAGUGCAGCCGUUGUCUCUGUCGUCACCUUUGAGCAGUGAAUCUGAAGACAGUUUUGCGGCACUGCUAAGGGAAAUGAACCUGUUCUGUGUAGACCCGGAUGCCAACCGGUUCAAAAAACACCUCUUCAGGAAGGGCUCUCUGAUGUCGCCCAUCACGGGGUCCUCUGGGACAACGCCUUCCGCCUCUCAAAGUCCCGCGACGGAAGAAGCUGACGGAGUCGUGACGAUUGAACUGCGGGAUGGCAGCGGUUCAAAGAGAACCAUCCCGAGUGGCACCGGCCAGUCCACGCAGGUGAUGACGACGUCUCCAGUAUCGCCACAAUUGGAGUGUCGAGUCUCGCAGCAGAUGUCCCCCUUCUCCGCGCAGCAACCCACUGACAAUGAGGAGAUCGUGAUGCACCUUUCUCGCGCCUGCCACCGCGAUCUGCGGGGAUCGGACGGAAAGUACCUGCACCGGGUACACGAGAAGACUGGGAUUUCGGUUAAAUUACCGACGUCGCCUGACAGUGAUGCGGUUACCCUGUACGGGAAUCCUCUCGGAUUUGGAGAGGCUCUCGAUCUCCUCGCUCAGCAGAUUCCGGCUAUACACGUUGUUCACGUGCAGCUUCGAGCUCCCGGCAGCAUCCACAGCUGGCUGGCCGGAAGUGACUCGGAUGGGCUGAAGGCUAUGCUGGCCCGCCUGUGUCGCGGUGUGGAAGUCCAGUUCUUCCCCGAGAAAGACCUGGUUGUGGUCACCGGUGCGCCUGCCUGGCAAGUCUUUCAGGUCCGUCGUGUGCUGGACCUGAAAGUGCGGAAGCUCUGCGCCGGAUGUGUUCGAGAGCAUAACACCGUGGACGAUUUGGUGGAUAUUCCCCAUCGCUCCCCCGCGCCUCGCGCCGAAGAAAUCCAGCAAAUCCAGGAGACUGGCAAUGUAAGCAUGGCCGAGGAGAAGGAAGUGGUUUUGCUCGGCUCUCAGGAUGCGAUGGACGUCGCCAAGCCCAACAUCAUCCACCCUGGUGAGGUGCCUGUCAUGGACGUAUCUGAGAAGGUCGACGUCGGCAUCAAGUUCCCCGAGGGCAUGGACAACCGCGCCGCCGAUGCCAACUGCGAGCAGCUGGCUCCCACUGUGGGACCCGCCUCCGAAGUGCCCAAACAGGCCAGCGUCACCGGCCGACCGGAGGACCGCGAAGCCAUCCCCAACCCGGCGCAUCAGAGCGACGUUAUCGGGAUCGGCGGCCAGCGCCGCAACGUGGAUGAAGCCAACGAAAAGCUGGCGGCGCGCGUCAAGGAGCUGGAGAGGUUGGAGAAACAGCGGGCGGGGCACAACUACCCCGCAGGGGUGCGCGUGGACAUCACGCACCAUUUGCAGAUCAGCGGCCAGCACGGCGGGAACGUCCGCAAGCUGCGCAACGAGUUUCAAGUGGAGAUACAGUUCCCGCAAGACGCCGCUGCCAGCGCGGACGCCGACAAGACCGUCACCAGCGGCCUGGAGUCGCAGGCGCCCGCGGCGCGCGACAAGGGCCAAGCCCGCACUGAAUCCGAGAAGCGCAAGUCGCGCGUGGAGGUGCCGCUGGACAGCCGCACCCAUGCCCGCAUCAUGGACGACAACGGCCGCACUCUGACGGACCUGGAUAACCGCUUCCAGGUGAAGAUCAACUUCCCGGGCCGCGACGACGAGAAGGCCAGCGGGGUGACAGUGGCGGGCGAGACGGAGAAGGUGAACAACUGCGAGGCGGAGAUGAUGCGCAUGGAGGGCAUCGGCGAGAAUGGGCAGGAUGCGUCGUUCCAGUUGGGCGACGUGGUGGAAAACGAGACGUCGCGCGCCUACCACGCUCCGGCCCCCGCCGCCCAGCGCCAGGUCGAUUGCGAGAACGGCUCAGCGACGGUCGGCGAGUUCAUGGUGAAAAGCGCACCGUGCGAGCAGAUUGUGGAGGAGUUCUCCACGCUGAACCGGCAGACGAGCAGCGACAACUGCAUCCCCGCCGCCAUCCCCAACAGCAAGCAAUCUGCGCCAACCGAGGAGACCAGCGGCAAAGCCCCCGCGGAGCUUGACCCCGGCAGCCCCAAAGAGUGUGAGACCGCCAAACAGGAGCUUCUGCUGGGCGAACGAGGAAAAGGCGAUGCGGGAGUUUCGCGCAAGAAGAUGGAGGCGCGCGGCGUGAAGAAGAUCGAUGACGCCGAGGUAUCCUCCGUUCACGCCGUUCAACCGGGCAGGGAAACGGUGGCUCCGGUCAGUCAGCGCAAGGGCGACGUGCUGAGGCUUGACGGUUACGAAUAUCUCCGGGACUUCUCAAGAAAAGACGGGAAACACUUCUGGCGUUGUCGCCGGACGACUGAUUGUAUGGUCAAACUGAAUAUGGGCGGCAGGGUGCCCAUCCUCGACCGGGAGCACUGGCACGAUCGGUUGGAGCAGAACGCGCAGGCACCGGAGCACAGUGAGCCAGCGGCGCAAAGCGAAGAGUCCCCCACGCCCGCAACUGUCGUGGAAACGAAGGAGGAGGACGCCCAGCAGACGCGUGAGAAGCCAGGGAAGACGGCGAAUGCACCCCGGGAACGAGACCAGAGAGGGCGGUUCACGAAGAAGAAGCCCGAAGGCAAAUAACUGGAUGCCGUCGAAGCCUGUUUCUCGCUUGACUUGCUUGUGUUAUUGUUUAGUUGGGUUAAACUUUAACUGAAACUGAUUGGUUGUUUAUAACUGUUCGUUUUAACUGAAUCUGUUUGAUUAAAGAGUUAAGCGUAAAA